AGCGACUAGCGCACCCCGACCACCCUCAGCUACCGCUACCGCUACCGCUACCACUCCUCCUCUUCCCCACGAGGCAACACGACCACGCGACGACGCAAGGAGCCUCCGCCCUCGCACUACCGCCCAUCACUACCCCUCGUCCAACACUGCGCGCUGUCUGUCUGAGGGACCCCCAGUGCAGCCAUGAGCACCGAGCCGACACCGCUACCUGUGGACGCUACUCGCCCGUCGACCGACAAGCCCGUACCAAACCUACCUUCGUCUGAACGGCCCAACGGCACUGCCCCACAAGGCACCCUUGCCUCCAGCACAAUCGCUCCGCUCCCAUCAUCGUCGCGAGGGCCAUCGGCAGGAGACGCUGGCGAAGGCGACUCGAAGCAGAAACGCUCGCUCUUGAACGUUCCUCGACCUGGCUCGCAGUCCAACGACACGGCCACGCCUACUACCGGCUUGAGUGGAGUCACGGCGGCAGACUCCGAAAGCAUCGGACGGGGCUCCAAGCACUCGAAGCGCAGCUUCAUGAAUAAACGACGGGCAGGGAGCACGGCGAGCAGCAAACGCUCGCAGCAGCGUGCUGCUGCCUCUGAGAAGGCCGAGCAACCGCGCCCGGCGACUGCCACAGCCAAUCGCGAGGGCUCAACGAGGAGCAAGUCAAGGAAGUCUGCCGGUGGUUUGCUGUCUUGCCUACCCUGCUUUGCACCCAAGGAAUCACGGGCGACGGGAGACGUCACGCCUCCAGAGAAUGUCAAGCAAGCCCAGAAGCUUCCAAUUGGACGGACUUCGCAAUCGACACCUGUAAAGAAGCAGGAUCAAAACGUUGCCGAGUCAAGUAACACCGACUCAAAAGACCCGCUGGAUGAAAAGGCAGGUGCUGAGACAUACGGCCCAGGUGUCUCUGAGAAACCGAACAAUGGUGACGGCACAGCUGAGCGACCCUCGAAUGAGACCCGACCCCCGAUUGUGACAAGAAGCUCGUCCAAGAGGCAGCAACAAACAGAGCAAGCUCUGCCACCCCAGCCUGGCAUGCUCCAAACAGCACAGCCCCAAAUCAGCAUCACAAACCCAACACCUGGCUCCACCCCGGUGCUUCCAAGGCCUUCAGUCGAGCAAGCGCGGAUUAUAGAAGAUCAAACUCCAGAGCAGAAGCAGAUCGACACUGACAUUGAGAUGAAGGAUGUCCCGUUGUCGACCGAUGAUGUCCACCAGGAGGGCGAAGAGGAGGAUAUUGAUGCGCACCCUGAACACCCAAAAAUCGAUCUUCCGCCUCCCCCGCCACUCGAGCAGAGGAAGGAAGCAGUACAGAAUCAGACGACGGACUUGUCAGACGCUUCGGAACCGCAAAAGUAUCUCCUUGGCCCGAUAGCACCGAGAUUUCAAGGGAAAAAGUGCUUGGUCCUUGAUUUGGAUGAGACGUUGGUUCACAGUAGCUUUAAAAUACUACACCAGGCCGACUUCACCAUUCCUGUUGAAAUCGAGGGACAGUACCACAAUGUCUAUGUCAUCAAGCGACCAGGCGUUGACCAGUUUAUGAAGAGGGUUGGCGAGCUGUAUGAAGUUGUGGUGUUUACAGCAUCUGUCUCAAAGUAUGGUGACCCACUCCUCGAUCAGCUCGACAUCCACGGCGUGGUACACCACAGGCUUUUCCGCGAAAGUUGCUACAACCACCAAGGCAACUACGUCAAGGAUCUCUCACAAAUCGGCCGCGACCUCAAGGAUACCAUCAUCAUCGACAACUCGCCCACUUCGUACAUCUUCCACCCGCAACACGCCGUUCCCAUCAGCAGCUGGUUCUCUGACGCUCAUGACAACGAACUGCUCGAUCUGAUACCCGUGCUCGAGGAUCUCGCUGGCAAUCAAGUCAGCGACGUUAGUUUGGUGCUUGAUGUUGCUUUGUGAGCCUAGUUUGUGACGAUAAGAGGAUACCCUUGCGCAUACUCCGUUUACCGCCCGAUAUACCUAUUCACAUGAUCGCCUGUUCUCGGGUCUUUAGAUCAUACCUUUGUAAUCAGUUUUGUAAUUUGCAUCAAGAGGCAGACGGCCUGGGGCGGGGCACUUGUCAGAACCUAGCCGAUAGAAUGUCACGUUCUUUUGGCCAUGUCCUUGAUCUUGUUAGCAGGACCCAACGACUCGGUGCCACGA